AUGAUAGCUGUCCACAUUGUGUGUGCAGUUGAACAGUGGUGUAGAAUCCAGGUGGCCGGGAGUCGCAGACUUCAAAACAUUUGGUGUACAUGUUGACUGAUAGUAAUCUGUUGUGUAAUUGCUCAGUGAAGGUCCUUUAAAUUUUAAAGCGGUAGGUGAACGGAGAACAUGGCAACAGCCGGCUGUGUUUCCGACGCUAGCGACUGGCGAAGUAGUAUUGUGUCGCAGUUGCAAAACGUAUGUCAAGCCCAGAGUAGUAGGUUUCAAGACAUCAUAACCUCCCACAAUCACCUAUUGGAGAAGAAUCUUUGUUUGGAAUGUGAAAUUAAGGAGCUUACCAAAAAAAAUGAGCAAUUACGUGUUGAGAAGUUGGAAUUGGAAAGAUUGCCUGCAGCAUCAUCUGAUCGCAAACCCAAUGAAAGAAUUCAAGCAUUAGAACAAAAAUUAUUGUCACAACAAGAAGAACUUACAGAAUUACAUCGCCGCAAGGGGGAUAAUGCCCAGCAGCUUUUAGACCUAAAUUACAAAUUACAAGAGAAAGAAAAGCAGGUUAAAAUUUUAGAUGACAGCUUAGCUGAAAGAGUGUCUGAAAUUGCAACCUUACGUUCUGACAUUCAGCGUUAUCAAACAAGAAUAAAGGAGUUGGAAAAAAUCAAUCAAGUGGAAAGGGAUGAACAUCAAGCUCUACAAAUUACCUUCUUUUCUCUUGAAAAAAAAUUGAAGAGCACACAGGACGAGAAUUGUGCUUUAGUAGAACGCCUCAUGAGAUAUAAAUCAAAAGAUGCUGAUAAACUUAAUGAAGAGAAUGAAAACUUCAUAAGGAAGAGGCAGGCAAGACUUCAGAAGGAGUUGGAAGAAGCGGCAAGAGACGCAAGGGCAGUGUCUCCUGAUAGGCUUAGAGACGGUGCAGGACCUUUCUUAUCUAAUGCUCUUCCUACAAAGUGCACAGCUAAAUUUGUAAGUAGCUAAUCUAAUUGCACUGUAACUUAUUUGCAUUGUAUAAUUGUUCUGAUAGAAAGAAUAAAAUUGUCAGCACUUUUGUUUUCAUGUGUAUUGUGAACUUGCAUUUUGUGGCUUGGUUUUUUGUUUAGUUUGUCAUUUUGCUUCAAUUGUUAUACUGUCAGAGGUGAGUGUGCUGCUCAUAUGAAAAUGUCAUCAAAUGAUUUGAUUUUUUUAAUUGGAAAGACAAUGAAUUUUUAAGAUUUUUCAUUAUAACCUGUUUUGUUAUACGAGUAUUUGGAACUGUGAUUCCAAUUGGAAUUAUCUGAAAUGAUUAUUGCAAAAAUAAUUUUUAUUCUGUCACUAAAAAAUGUACACUGUGAGUACAGAAAACUGUAUUGUUUGAAUUGUUCAUUUUGUUUAUCUUUUUAAUAAAAGAACCUUUAUUUAUAUUAUAUAAAA